AUGAGUUUGCCCCUGAAUCACAAACCUUUCCUGAAUGGAUUAAUAGGACAGCCAGUAAAGGUGAAACUUAAGUGGGGAAUGGAGUAUAAAGGCCACCUGAUAUCUGUAGAUAGCAUGCAGCUUGCAAAUGGAAGAAUACAUAGAUGGAGCAUUGAUGGUAUUUCCCUCUUCGACGGUGCCUGGUGUCCCUCACUAACAAAGAUGGCAGAAGCAGCAAGUGCAGAGGACGGAGUUGAGAAUGGUUGA